CUAGGACCCUUCGUAGACCUUGUUUUAUAUCUUAUUCUACUUGUAUCAUCUGUGAUUUAUUUCAUCAUCAACUUUUGCGAUGGCGGGGUCCAUUGUGUUUGUGACAGAUAAUCAGAUUAGCGCAAAUUCGAGACACAAGCCACGAUUUAGACGACGUCGUGGCGCGUGUGAGUCGUGUAAGCGUCGUAAAGUCCGGUGUAAUGGCACAAACCCUUGCAAUCAAUGCCAAGUCAGAUUCCCGUCAAGAUGGUACAUAGUCAUCUCAGCCCGAGCUAACCAGAAGAGCAGAAAUCGUCGAUAGAAUGCUUAUAUAGCAGCUCAAGCUGGAAAGCUAACGACGGAGAUACAGAGCGUGGACCAUCAGGAUCGCCGGUGCAACAUACAAGGGGGAGUUUGACGCCUCCUCAAACGAGCCCAUAUGGUGGAAUGGCUUGUAAUGGAUCAGCGGAAGAGUCUUCGAGAUUUGAUGGCUCGGAUGCACACAGCCUUUUGAUGAGCCUCAGCAAUACUGACUGUACGACUAAUACUGAGGCAACAGAGAUGUCGCAGUGGCAGAAUUGGUUCGUUAGCGACCUACCUCUAGGGAGCGAUGUGCAACUUACAGGGACAUCUGAUGAGUCUUUGACCGACUGGUUGGACCCCCAGCUUGUCAACCCAGCAGAUACCGCGGCCAUUAUGCAAACCCUUUCGGGGGAGGAUCUAUUUAAAUCAUCCGGCCCAAGUUAUGGCAUGUCUGAGCCUCCAUCGCGGGACAGUGAUCCCGGCUUCAACACGGCGAGAAAUGAACAAAUCGCCGGUUUUAUUCAGAAGCUUCGCUCCCAGAGACCAUUCGUUUUGCGCGAUGAAAAUCCCGAGGCACCACCAGGUAACAUCAGGGGCUUUUAUGAUGCAAAGUUUAUCUCUCAAUGUUUCGACGCGUGCGAUGCAGAUCCGGAAGGUGUUCGAGUAUUAUUGGAGAGAAAAAGCAUGGAUUUGAUUGCAGACGAGAUUACAAAAUAUGCCCUGGCUGUUGACACAGAAACCUCUGUUUUAUUCCACUCCUUGAUGGCUAUUGGAUGCCAUUCUUUGAAUCUUGACCAAGGCCAUCGAGCAAUUGGCAAGGGGAAAUAUCCUGCCUCGAAGUUUUUCAAAGAAGCUUUAAAUGCGAGACAGCAUUUGCGGGACAGCCCUAGUCUUGGAGGACUUCAGGCUAUUUUGACUAUGGUAAUUCCCUCACCAGAUAUCUACCUACUUGCUAGUAAGUUCUUACACGCGCACAAGGCAUACUUCUCCGCUCGAGUCGGGGACGAUUCCACUUCGAGCUUCCUCGCCGAUGCCGCCUUUUGCGUCCAGACGUUGCAACUACACAACGCGGGUGCAAUUGAACAGAAAUACAACAGCUUCCUAGAACAACAAGUGGCCAAACGUGCCCUUUGGUUCUUAUAUUCCCUUGAGAAGCCUCGCUGCCUCGCCCAAGGCUUAUUACCGUUGAUCCACGACGACUUCGUCGACUACGAUCCUCCGCCGUCCGCAAACUAUUCGACUAGUGAGGUUGACUGGUUCGCUAUCAACGCCCGGUUUGCGAGGAUCUGUUCUUCUAUCAUAAAGGAGCGACUUGGAUGCAAAUUGGGUCGCACACCAUCACGACGCGGAAAAGACCGUGCCUCUGAGUAUAGCGCAAGCUCGGUAAUAAAGAGGCUUGAAUCUCUUUUGGAGGAGUGGAGAGAUGAUCUCCCCUUUGCCGGCGAUUUUGACGCAACCCGGUCUGACGAAUUUGCGGCGUCAACGUGUGCAGAGAGACGUCACAGGAUUAAGUGCCUGAACAAAUACUGGUCCGCCAUCAUUGCAACACAUUCAGGACAGGCGCGUGGUGUAGCCGAAGAUGGCGGUGCAGGUGUCCGAUUGAGUAGGGCAAGAUGCAUUGACGCCGCCCAAGCAAUUUUGCAGAAUAGCCACUACGUCACCUCGACCGACAUUUUAUCUGAUAUGUACGUUCUGGGGAGACCAAGUGUGUCAUUAUCAACUGCAUAGGCCAUUUCAUCUUUCCUAUCCUUUCGAUCUCACUUCUGUACUGUUGCCUGCUUGUUUAUACUAACCAAGUGUUUAGCUCACUUUACUACUACAUCACCGUUGCAACACGGGUCAUCAUGACUGUGGUGAUCCGUGACAGAUUUGCCAGCGAUAUCACAGGGGAUCCUGUUCAGAAGAAUACAGCCACACGCAAAAGAGAAACUACGCAUGGCAGGUCAAUAAUGUCCUAUGUGGGAAUUGCGAUUGGUCUCUUUAGUCGUCUUUCUUUAGAUAUAGACGUUCCUGUAGAUGAGGUUACUGAGUUGGGAAAAUUAGGAAGAUAGAUAAUAAAACAUAUCUAUCCGUGUGUUUUAGCCAACUGUAGUUAUAUACGAGAGGGUCCAACUUCACUACGACCAUAAUCCACC